CAGGACGAAGCACUGGAAAUGCCUUGCUUGCCACCACAUGAGUGGGGAUAAAAAUCCUGAAUCCCGGUCAAAGUUAGGAGCAUCAGUCCUAGACUUUGUAGACUAGCAGAGCUUGUCAUCUUGUAAAACUGCGAAGAUACGGUUGGAAGAUACAUCCUUAAACCUUCACAACUAAGCUUCCCAGAAGCAGCUUUUUCAGAAACUAUUUAAGGUCUAGGGGGGAAGCUGAAGUGAUGUUUAAUCCCCAAACUUUAGAUAUUCCAGCUGUGAUUUUUGACAAUGGAUCAGGGCUAUGUAAAGCUGGCCUGUCAGGAGAAAUUGGUCCAAAACACAUCAUUCCUACAGUUAUUGGCUGCCCCAAAACAAAUCUGUCGUUGUCAGGGGCAGCUCAGAAGGACUGCCAUGUGGGAGAAGCAGCCCAGCACAAACAGGAUGUGUUGUCUUUGAAGUAUCCCAUUGAACAUGGUACAGUUACAUCUUGCGAUGACAUGGAGAAGAUCUGGAAGCAUAUCUAUGAGCAUGAACUGGGACUGAAAGCCUUUGAGAGGCCUGUGCUAAUGACUGAGAUGUCUUUGAACCCAGUGGAGAAUCGAAAAAAACUGACUCAGCUGAUGUUUGAGCGGUUUAAGGUGCCUGCUUUCUACCUCUCUGUCCAAGCCAUAUUGUCCCUCUAUGCCUCAGCACGCAUCACAGGACUGGUCAUAGACAGUGGAUUUGGUGUUACCCAGACGGUACCAGUCUACGAAGGGUACCACUUACCCCAUGCUGUCUCCAGGCUGGAUGUUGCAGGCAGAGAGAUCACAGAACUCCUCGCGAAGCUCCUGGUGGAAAGUGGGCAACACUUUGAGAGCCUGGCGAAGAAGAAGAGUAUCAUAGAGGACAUCAAGGAGAAGUUGUGCUACGUGGCUUCAGAUCCACACAAAGAAUUAGCCAAGAGGCCAGAGGAGGUCCUGAAAGAAUAUAAACUGCCCGAUGGGACUCUAGUCAGUAUUGGCAGCCCACUCUUUCAAGCACCAGAGAUCCUCUUUGCGCCAGGUAGCACUGGUGACGAUGCACCAGGCCUUCUUAGGAUGAUCGCUCACAGUGUUUCAAAGUGUGACGUCAAUAUUCACAACACUCUCUAUGGGAACAUGGUGAUGUCGGGUGGUUCGUCCCUCUUUCAUGGGCUGGAUGAGAGGAUUUUUAAGGGACUAGAACACCAGGUCCCCAAAGGGGUUCCUAUAAAGAUCAUAGCACCCUCAGACAGGUGGUUUUCUGCAUGGGUCGGGGCUUCUGUAAUUACUUCCUUGACCAGCUUCAAGCCAAUGUGGAUCACUGCAGCUGAUUACAAGGAUUUUGGACCAAACAUUGUCCAAAGAAGAUGUUUUUAAGAGGACUUAGGUAAAUCUAGCCAGCAUCCAUUCAGGACAGGGGCAGUUCUUGCAUUUGCUAGU